AGAGAGACGGAUAUCUCAGGUCAUCUGCAGCUGCAGCGAGUCUGAGGAGCUGAGGAAGGCAGGGAAGAUGGCGAUCCUCCAUUGCUGAGACCCGGCAGAAGCACAUGAGACUCCCAAACAACUUCCACAACAAUAACCCGAGCAGGAAGAGGAGAAAGAGAAAGAGGAUAAGGAGGCGGUGGGGCUGGAGAACCCGAAGCACCUCCCGGCGCCGGGACGCUUCUUCUGUUCCUAAUGUGAGAGGGUAGACAAGAUCAUGGAGGUGCUUCAGUGUGAUGGCUGUGAUUUCAGAGCCCCAUCUUAUGAAGAUCUCAAGGCGCACAUUCAGGAUGUCCACACGGCAUUUCUGCAGCCAACUGACGUGGCUGAGGACAAUGGUGAUGAGCCACGAUCCGGGUCCAUGAAUGCCAGCAAUCAGACAGAGGUGGAGUUUUCGUCUAUAAAGGAUGAAUUUGCGAUUGCAGAGGAUUUAUCAGGUCAAAAUGCAGCUGCAUUGGGGACGGGAAGUUACUAUGGCCACAGUGCAGGAUAUUACGGUCAGCAUAUUGCCGCUAAUCCCAAACCAAUGAACAAGUUUUUUCAAUGCAAGUUCUGCGUACGCUACUUCAGGUCAAAAAACCUCCUCAUAGAACACACUAGGAAGGUCCAUGGAGCUCAAGCUGAAGGGAGUUCAGCAGGACCCCCUGUCCCAGGAUCCUUAAAUUAUAAUAUCAUGAUGCACGAGGGAUUUGGAAAGGUCUUCUCUUGCCAGUUUUGCACAUACAAGUCACCAAGGAGGGCAAGGAUAAUGAAGCAUCAGAAGAUGUAUCACAAAAACAACUUGAAGGAGACCAGUGCUGCCCCUCCCACUCCUGCUCCGAUGCCAGACCCCGUGGUUCCACCCGUGUCCCUGCAGGACCCCUGCAAGGAGCUGCCAGCAGAGGUCGUGGAGCGCAGCAUCUUAGAAUCCAUGGUCAAGCCUUUGACCAAGUCUCGAGGCAACUUCUGCUGUGAGUGGUGCAGCUACCAGACCCCCCGCCGAGAACGCUGGUGUGACCACAUGAUGAAGAAACACCGCAGCAUGGUCAAGAUCCUUUCCAGUCUCAGACAGCAACAAGAAGGGACUAGUCUACCGGAUGUGCAGAAGAGUGCCCCCAGCCCCACGUCCAACUCCACCUAUCUGUCCAUGAAUGCUGCAAGCCGGGAGAUACCCAAUACUACCGUCUCCAACUUCAGGGGCUCAAUCAGCAACUCCAUCAUGAGACCCAAUUCUUCUUCAGCUUCCAAGUUUUCGCCCAUGUCUUACCCUCAGAUGAAGCCGAAGUCACCUCACAAUUCUGGCCUAGUUAACUUGGCAGAGAGAUCCCGUUAUGGAAUGACUGACAUGACUAAUUCUUCUGCUGACCUGGAAACUAACAGCAUGCUCAAUGACUCUAGUUCUGAUGAAGAGUUAAAUGAAAUAGACAGUGAGAAUGGUUUAAAUGCUAUGGAUCACCAGACAUCAGCCAUGUCUGCAGAGCAGCUGAUGGGCUCCGAUGGCAACAAACUAUUGGAGACCAAGGGGAUUCCGUUUAGAAGAUUCAUGAAUAGGUUCCAGUGCCCCUUUUGUCCUUUCCUCACCAUGCAUCGACGUAGCAUCUCCCGUCACAUAGAAAACAUCCACUUAUCUGGAAAGACAGCUGUCUACAAAUGUGACGAAUGUCCGUUUACUUGCAAGAGCUCCUUGAAACUUGGGGCUCACAAACAGUGUCACACGGGUACAUCAGAUUGGGAUGCUGUGAAUUCCCAGAGUGAAAGCAUUUCUUCCUCACUGAACGAAGGCGUGGUGUCUUACGACAGCUCCAGCAUGAACGGUAGAAAGGCAGGAGUCAUGUUGGAUCCUUUGCAGCAGCAACAGCCACCACCACCACCGCCACCACCACCACCACCGCCAUCACAGCCACAGCCACUGCAGCAGCCACAGCCACCGCAGCUGCAGCCACCGCAUCAGGUGCCACCACAGCCACAGCCGCCACCCACACAGCCGCCACAGCCACCCACGCAAGCCCCGCCCCUGCACCCUUACAAGUGUACCAUGUGCAAUUACUCCACCACGACUCUGAAAGGGCUACGGGUCCAUCAGCAGCAUAAACAUUCGUUCUGUGACAACUUGCCAAAAUUCGAGGGGCAGCCCUCAAGCCUACCAUUGGAAAAUGAGACAGACAGCCACCCCUCUUCCAGCAACACUGUGAAGAAAAGUCAGACCUCAAUUCUUGGGUUGUCCUCCAAGAACAAUUUUGUAGCUAAGGCCUCUAGGAAGCUCGCUAAUGACUUUCCCCUCGAUUUGUCACCCGUGAAGAAGAGAACUAGGAUUGACGAGAUAGCCAGCAACCUGCAGAGCAAAAUCAACCAAACCAAACAGCAGGAAGAUGCGGUGAUCAAUGUUGAGGAUGAUGAGGAGGAAGAGGAAGACAACGAAGUGGAGAUAGAGGUUGAGUUGGACAGGGAAGAAGAGCCGACAGAACCAAUCAUGGAGGUGCCCACUUCCUUUUCAGCCCAGCAGAUUUGGGUGAGAGAUACCAGUGAGCCCCCGAAGGAAUCUAACUUCAGAAGUGUCACCCACGAUUACAACGCCACCAACGGGGCCGAGAUUGAGCUCACCCUUUCUGAAGAUGAAGAGGAUUAUUACGGCUCCUCAACAAACAUGAAAGAUCACCAAGUUUCCAGUACUGCUCUGCUGAAUACCCAAACUCCUAUCUAUGGAACUGAGCACAGUAACGAAAAUACGGACUUUGGUGACUCUGGGAGGCUUUACUAUUGCAAACACUGUGACUUUAACAACAAAUCUGCCCGGAGUGUUAGCACCCACUACCAACGAAUGCACCCAUACAUUAAAUUCAGCUUUAGGUACAUCUUGGACCCCAAUGAUCACAGCGCGGUGUACAGGUGCCUGGAAUGCUACAUUGAUUACACCAACUUUGAAGAUCUCCAGCAGCAUUACGGCGAGCACCACCCAGAGGCCAUGAAUGUACUCAACUUUGACCAUUCGGACCUUAUCUACCGGUGUCGGUUUUGUUCAUACACGAGCCCAAAUGUUAGAAGCCUGAUGCCACAUUACCAAAGAAUGCAUCCCACCGUGAAGAUCAACAACGCGAUGAUAUUUUCAAGCUAUGUAGUGGAGCAGCAAGAAGGGCUGAAUACUGAAUCCCAGACCCUGAGGGAGAUUCUGAAUUCGGCUCCCAAGAACAUGGCGACUUCCACACCUGUGGCUCGUGGUGGCGGUAUUCCAGCAACGUUUAAUAAAAACACUCCUUCAAAGACCUUUACUCCUGAAUGUGAAAAUCAGAAGGACCCUGCGGUCAACACCGUUGUCGUUUACGACUGUGACGUUUGCUCAUUUGCAAGCCCCAACAUGCAUUCUGUCUUGGUUCAUUACCAGAAGAAACACCCUGAAGAAAAGGCUUCCUACUUUAGGAUCCAGAAAACCAUGCGAAUGGUGUCUGUGGACAGGGGCUCUGCCCUUUCUCAAUUAUCAUUUGAGGUGGGUGCUCCAAUGUCUCCCAAAAUGUCCAACAUGGGUUCCCCACCCCCCCCACAACCCCCGCCACCAGACCUCAGUACUGAGCUUUACUACUGCAAACACUGCUCCUACAGCAAUCGGUCAGUUGUGGGAGUGCUUGUCCACUACCAGAAGAGACACCCAGAAAUAAAGGUUACUGCCAAAUAUAUCAGACAGGCUCCUCCCACAGCUGCAAUGAUGAGAGGGGCCGAAGGGCCCCAAGGCUCCCCCCGGCCACCCGCCCCCCUGCCACAGCUGAACCGAAGCAGCUCUGAGAGAGAUGGCCCCCCUGUGGAGAAUGAGAUGUUCUUUUGCCAGCACUGUGAUUACGGGAACCGGACGGUCAAAGGUGUCCUCAUCCAUUAUCAGAAGAAGCACCGAGACUUCAAGGCUAACGCGGAUGUGAUCCGGCAGCACACGGCCACCAUCCGGAGCCUCUGUGACCGCAACCAGAAGAAGCCUGCCAGUUGUGUGCUUGUCCCCCCGUCGAACGUGGAGCGGGACAAAACUAAACUCCGAGCACUCAAAUGUAGGCAGUGCUCAUAUACCUCCCCCUACUUCUAUGCACUGAGGAAGCAUAUCAAGAAAGACCACCCCGCCCUAAAGGCCACAGUCACGUCCAUCAUGCGAUGGGCAUUUCUGGACGGCUUGAUAGAAGCUGGCUACCACUGCGAGUGGUGCAUCUAUUCCCACAUGGAGCCCAGUGGUUUGCUCCUGCAUUACCAAAGGAGGCAUCCCGAGCAUUACGUUGAUUAUACUUACAUGGCUACCAAACUCUGGGCAGGGCCCGACCCUUCCCCUCCCUCUCUCACGAUGCCAGCCGAAGCCAAAACCUACAGAUGCAGGGAUUGUGUUUUUGAAGCCGUCUCCAUCUGGGACAUCACCAAUCACUACCAAGCAUUCCACCCCUGGGCCAUGAAUGGCGAUGAGUCAGUGCUGCUGGAUAUCAUCAAAGAGAAAGAUGCCAUCGAGAAGCCCCUUCUUGCAUCCGAAGAGUUGGCAGGCCCUGUGAAUUGUGAAAACAGCAUGCCCACCCCACUCCCGGAGCAGGAAGCCGAAUGCCCAGAGGACGCAAGACUUUCCCCCGAGAAGAGCAUGCAGCUAGCUUCAGCCAAUCCCGCCAUUUCCUCCACCCCGUACCAGUGUACGGUGUGCCAGUCUGAGUAUAACAACUUGCACGGGCUUCUCACCCACUAUGGGAAGAAGCACCCCGGCAUGAAGGUGAAGGCUGCUGACUUUGCCCAGGACAUCGACAUCAACCCAGGUGCCGUCUACAAAUGCAGGCAUUGCCCGUACAUCAACACCCGCAUCCACGGCGUCCUGACCCACUACCAGAAGCGACACCCAUCCAUCAAGGUGACCGCCGAGGACUUUGUGCACGACGUGGAGCAGUCGGCUGACAUAUCCCAGAACGACGUGGAGGAGACCAGCAGGAUCUUCAAGCAGGGCUACGGUGCCUACAGGUGCAAGCUGUGUCCGUACACGCACGGCACUUUGGAGAAACUCAAAAUCCACUACGAGAAGUAUCACAAUCAGCCCGAAUUUGAUGUCUUUUCCCAGUCGCCCCCGAAGCUGCCCGUCCCCCUUGAGCCUGAGAUGACCACUGAAGUGAGCCCCUCCCAAGUCUCUCUCACCGAGGAGGAGAUGGGAGAGGAGCCGGUGUCCACGUCUCACUUCUCUACCUCGCACCUGGUCUCCCACACUGUGUUCCGGUGCCAGCUCUGCAAGUACUUCUGCUCCACGAGGAAGGGGAUUGCCAGGCACUACCGCAUCAAGCACAACAAUGUCCGAGCCCAGCCCGAGGGCAAGAACAACCUCUUCAAGUGUGCCCUGUGUGCCUACACCAACCCCAUCCGCAAAGGACUGGCGGCCCACUACCAGAAGCGUCACGACAUCGAUGCGUAUUACACGCACUGCCUGGCGGCCUCCAGGACCAUCAGCGACAAGCCCAACAAGGUGAUCAUCCCGUCCCCGCCCAAGGACGACUCCCCUCAGCUGAGCGAGGAACUCCGGAGGGCAGUGGAGAAGAAGAAGUGUUCCCUGUGCGCCUUCCAGUCGUUCAGCAAGAAGGGCAUCGUGUCCCAUUACAUGAAGCGCCACCCGGGGGUGUUCCCAAAGAAGCAGCAUGCCAGCAAGCUGGGGGGCUACUUCACCGCCGUCUACGCGGACGAGCACGAGAGGCCCCCGCUCUUGGAAGAAGAGGAGAGAAGCGGCAGCUUUGAGAAAGCCGAGGUGGAAGGCGAAGCUCAGGAAAUCGAGUGGCUCCCGUUCCGCUGCAUCAAGUGCUUCAAGCUGUCAUUUAGCACGGCGGAACUGCUGUGCAUGCACUACACUGACCACCACAGCCGGGACCUCAAGAGGGACUUCGUCAUUCUGGGCAACGGCCCCCGCUUGCAGAACUCAGCCUACCAGUGUAAGCACUGUGAUAGCAAACUGCAAAGCACAGCCGAGCUGACCUCACACUUGAGCAUUCACAAUGAGGAAUUCCAGAAGCGUGCCAAACGUCAGGAGAGGAGGAAACAGCUUUUGAGCAAGCAGAAAUAUGCAGAUGGUGCUUUUGCAGAUUUCAAACAAGAGAGGCCUUUUGGUCACUUAGAAGAGGUGCCAAAGACCAAGGAGAGGAAAGUGGUGGGCUACAAAUGUAAAUUCUGUGUGGAAGUGCACCCGACGCUCCGAGCCAUCUGCAAUCACCUCCGAAAGCACGUCCAGUAUGGCAAUGUCCCAGCCGUGUCAGCCGCUGUGAAGGGGCUGCGUUCUCAUGAGAGGAGCCACCUGGCCCUGGCCAUGUUUACCCGCGAGGACAAGUACAGCUGCCAGUAUUGCUCCUUUGUUUCUGCUUUCAGGCACAAUUUGGAUCGCCAUAUGCAAACCCACCACGGACACCACAAACCAUUCCGAUGCAAACUCUGCUCCUUCAAGUCCUCCUACAACAGCCGGCUGAAAACGCAUAUACUCAAAGCUCAUGCUGGUGAACAUGCCUACAAGUGUUCUUGGUGCUCAUUUUCCACCAUGACAAUCAGCCAGUUGAAGGAACACUCCCUCAAGGUCCACGGAAAAGCCCUGACCCUCCCCAGGCCGCGGAUCGUCAGCCUCCUCUCCUCGCACGCCCACCACUCCUCGCAGAAGGCCAGCCCCGCCGAAGACGUGGAGGACUCCAACGACUCGUCAUACUCAGAGCCCCCAGACGUUCAGCAGCAGCUGAACCACUAUCAGUCGGCCGCCCUGGCGAGAAAUAACAGCCGUGUCAGCCCUGUGCCUCUUUCCGGGGCCACUGCUGGCACUGAGCAGAAAACCGAAGCCGUUCUUCACUGCGAAUUCUGUGAAUUCUCCUCUGGCUACAUCCAGAGCAUCCGGCGCCACUACCGGGACAAGCAUGGUGGGAAGAAGCUUUUCAAGUGCAAAGACUGCUCCUUUUACACAGGCUUUAAAUCUGCUUUUACUAUGCACAUGGAAGCUGGGCAUUCGGCGGUUCCCGAGGAGGGCCCCAAAGAUCUUCGCUGUCCUCUCUGCCUCUAUCACACCAAAUACAAGCGCAACAUGAUCGACCACAUUGUGCUGCACCGAGAAGAGCGAGUUGUCCCCAUUGAAGUGUGCCGUUCCAAACUGUCAAAAUACUUGCAGGGAGUAGUUUUCCGCUGUGAUAAGUGUACCUUCACCUGCUCCAGUGACGAGAGCCUCCAGCAGCACAUAGAAAAGCACAAUGAACUGAAACCUUACAAAUGCCAGCUCUGCUACUAUGAGACCAAGCACACGGAGGAACUGGACAGCCACCUUCGGGAUGAGCAUAAGGUAAGCCGUAACUUCGAGCUGGUUGGACGGGUGAACUUGGAUCAGCUGGAACAGAUGAAGGAAAAGAUGGAGAGCUCCAGCAGCGAUGACGAGGACAAGGACGAAGAAAUGAACAGCAAGGCCGAAGACAGAGAGCUGAUGAGAUUUUCUGAUCGUGGGGCUGCUGUUAACGCCGAGAAGCGUUUUCCAUGUGAAUUUUGUGGACGGGCAUUUUCACAGGGCUCCGAGUGGGAGAGACACGUGCUGAGACACGGCAUGGCAUUGAAUGACACCAAGCAGGUGAGCAGAGAAGAAAUCCACCCGAAGGAGAUUGUGGAGGACGUUGUUAAGAUGCCCUCCCUAGAGGAAAAGGAAGUCAGUGAGGCCAUUGGGAUGGACUUUUCCUUAAAGAAUGAAGCAGUAGCCAUCUGUGUAGUAGCUACCGACAAAUCUCUCCUAGAGAAUGCAGAGGCCAAAAAAGAAUAAGCGUUUGGUGAAAAUCUUAAUCAAACCUUACUUGAACCGUGAUGAAAAAGUGGGAGGGCCGGCUUGGGCUGAGAAGGGAGGGACAGAAAAGAGAAGACAGAACAAAGCUGCUUUUUAGGACUGAACAAUCUAUUUUCAAAGCACUGGUACCUGUGUGAGUGAGUAUGUAAAUUAAAAUUAUUUAAACGGUUGGAAUAUGUGGCUCCUUUUCCAUCACUACAUCUUUUCUUCCGGAUCUUCAUCGUGGAAGUUUCAUUUGUUGCGGAAUAUGGAAGCACCUCCCAAGGGCACGGUGGUGGUCUUGGACAGUAUGUGGAAACAGAAGCUCCGUGACAGUAGAAGACUUCUCGUAGGGGAACAACUUUUUGACGCGCAACUUUCAGUGCGUUUUUCUAGUUUUAAUACCUUAAGCUUUUUCAAGACCUAACUGCAGCCGCUUUGGGAAAAAAAAAAAAAAAACACAAAAAACAAAAACAGAAAACAAACUGCUUUGCAUAAAACAGUCACCUGUUUCCUAGUACCUCAAACCUAACCAAGGGAAUUCUCUGCAUUUGUCAGUACUACCUGUCGUCAUUGUGGUUAAAUGUAGAGAGAACUGCUGGGCAAGAUGGUGAAUGGAGAAAAAAAAAAAAGAGUUUUAAAGAAAGGAACACAAAUUGUGCUUAAAAUCCCCACGUGGGUUUUAUUUCUUAAAAUACUGUGAUUUUUUUAAUUAUUUUAGUAAAAAACAAAACAAAAAAAAGAAACAGACUUUAAUUAUUAGAUAACUGUUUGUGAAUUGUCAUCCUUUAUUCCAGGUAAGCUGUUUAUUAGUGUUCAACUAUAAUUUAGAAUUUGGUAGAUCCAUGUGAGCUAAUUUUAAGGUGAUCGUGGAGUUUUGUUUGCCACAUGUUUAUUUUCUAUCAAUUUGAGUGUUACAAACACAGCACAAUUCGGUUUUUCAUAUAAAUUGGUUUUUUGUGUGUGUGUUGUUAUUGUCAUUUUAAUUUGGGGGUGAGGGAGAUUUAGUUUUUUUUGUGAAUAGGAAUGUUUUUAUUUUAAACAUGGAAAUAACAAAGAAGUUAACUUUUUUUUUUUUAUUUAACUAAAGAACCAAACUUUCUGCACAGCUAUGCAGCUUGUGGGCCAGACGAGGAGGUCCUCUUCACCCUUUUGUUGCCUGUCAAAUUCACACAUUAUCUGUCUCACACAAAUAAUUUCUGUUAGGAUGGGCUGGCUUUUGUGUGUGAUUUUAAAAUCUGUGUUUUGUUUCUGUUGGCAUUGUAUUUUGUGGGGGUAUGUCAUUAUUUUGGGGGACAUGGGGAUGUACUAGAAUCCCAUCCCUUUGGUGAGUGUGGACAAGAAAUAAUGUAUAUCCUACAAGGAGCCUGGAGAACUACUUUUUUUUUUUUUUUUGUAUCUAGCUGCCAGCUGCUCUGUCCCCAUAUCAGCUUUUUCAGGAGGGAGCAGCUUAGACUAAAUCUAAGCCUACAUUUAUAACAUGUUCUGAUUGUGAACAAACGGUUUCGUUCCAAAAAGUAGAAAAGAACUUUUCUUAAAGCCUAGGUUUUAGAAGCCUGUGUGUGUGAGCGCUUGGAUGUGUGUGUGUGUGUGUGUGCGCGCGCACGCGUGCAUGUGUGCAUGUGUGAGUCCUUUGGUUUUCAUGUUUUGGUUUUUUUUACUUGGAAGGGUUGCGGGAGGGCGGGAGGGAAGAAAGGGAAGGGGAAUUGCUGAGAUGACAGUGUCCCACACAGCUUCAAAUAAAAUCCAUGGAAAGAUGUUGCAUUUGUGGAAUAAGUGCUUACUUGAAAAGCAUGUUCUUCUUUUAUUUUCUUACUGUUAAGAAUUUUUAUUUGUAGGAUGUUUGUUUUAAUUUAAUUUUUUUUUUUAGGGAUGGGGGCCAUCAUGUGGAAACCAGAAAAUGGGGAAAGUAUGAACUAUCCAGACAAAGAUUCAUUUUGUGUCUAUAUUUGUUUUUAAUUGGCCUCAUUUCAAUUGUAUUAAACAGUUCCAUACCUGGAUUGGGUGUUUGUAAUGGUUACCAAAAAAUAAACAAAAAAGAAAAAAAGAAAAAAAAAAAAAGAAAGAAAAAGGAAAAAAAAAAGAAAAUAAUUGUGACAUGCUUUUAUCACUACUUUAUUUUUCAAAUAACAUGUAAAUAUUGUAAUCCAUUGGAUUUUGUUUUGCUAACCUGUUAAUAAAAAUAUGGGACCAUUAUCCUUUUAACAAGGCUAAAAUGUCAUUUUUUUUUUCUUUUUCAAACAUAUACCUGAUAUUUUGUGGCCGCACAUUUUGGAUGCAUUAUUAUAAUUCUGUUGACUGUAAUGACAUAGAAUUUACAACAUUUUUUGUUGUUGUUUAAUUUAUACAGAGGACAUUUUUUUUCAGAGCUUGAGAGAAGAAAAUAAAUAGCAAAAUGAUAACCUAUUGACUCCAAUAAUCAGUGUUUCCCAAUACUUGAUAAAAGAUAGGGAGAUCCUGAGUCCUUGAAGCCAAUGGUCUAAAAACAAAAACAAACAAAACCACAAGUAGGUUAUUCAAGUUGUUUGCAACAUACAUUUUGUAAUGAAAUGUGAGAAAUUAAUAAAGAAUUUUUUUCA